AUGUUGCAGGUGAUUUUUCGGGUUGCUCUGUUGCUUCUUCUGUUGGUUGUCUGGUGUGCUGCAUUGGAGGAAGCCCAAACUAAAGGCUGCGUUUGUGGAUACCCUGGAAUACCGGGGGACCCCGGGCACAACGGGACACCCGGCAGAGAUGGACGAGAUGGAUAUAGCGCUGAAAAGGGGGAUAGAGGUGAAGUCGGUUCAACUGGUCCAGCAGGCAGUAAUGGUGCCAAGGGCGACAAAGGAGAGCUUGGUGCCGUCGGCCCAGCAGGGCUCAAAGGAAAAAGGGGGGAUAAUGGAGAGCGGGGCCCUCCUGGGAAAAUGGGGCCUCAAGGAGUCUCCGGACCCCUUGGCUUGAAAGGAAAUAAAGGGGAGCUUGGGCUGCCUGGACCUCAGGGACCUAAAGGUGAUUUGGGGGCUCUUGGACCUGAGGGUCAAAAGGGGGAAAUUGGUCUUCAAGGCGACAGAGGCUUUCAGGGACCACUCGGACCCCCGGGCAGGCCAGGCCCAAAAGGGGACAUUGGUGCUCCGGGUCACAAAGGCAGCAUCGGUUAUCGUGGGGAAAGGGGGGGUCGAGGAGAUAAAGGUGAUCGGGGCGACAAGGGAGAAGAACUUGUUAUCUCUAAAAGCGCCUUCUCUGUGGGACUCACAGCACAGACUAAACUCCCAGCAGCCAAUGCACCAAUCCGGUUUGACAAGAUCAUUUACAACCGACAGAAUCACUACGAUCCACAAACAGGACGAUUCGCGUGCUCCGCAGCAGGCGCCUACUACUUCACCUACCACAUCACCGUCUUCUCCAGGAACGUGAAGGUGGUUCUCAUGAAGAAUGGAGUAAAGAUCAUCCACACCACGGACAACUACCAGAACAGCGAGGACCAGGCAGCAGGGGGCGCUGUGCUGCACCUUGAGGUGGGCGACAGAGUGUGGCUGCAGGUGGCUGGAGGAGAGUUGUUCAAUGGGCUCUUUGCUGAUGAAGACGAUGACACUACUUUCUCUGGAUUUUUAAUCUUUGGAGCUUGA